AUGUCGUUGUCAGUACCGUCCACAAUGAAAGCCGCCCGUAGGGUUGGCAAUGGGUAUCUGGCCGAUAGCCUCCAAGUUGACACGGACGUGCCUUGGCCAAAGAACGCAAACGCCCUCCCGCCCAAACACGUACUUGUCAAGGUCGCGUAUACUUCGCUAAACCCGGUCGAUGCGAAGAUCCCAGAUGCACCGUUGGUUGGACGACUCGCUUUUAAAGGUAUACCAUGCUUCGACUAUGCUGGGACCGUGGUCCGAUCCAGCGAUGCCAAAUUCAAAGAGGGACAGCGCGUGUUUGGCCAGACUGAGAUUCCAAACUUUGGGGCGUGCGCAGAGUACUUGGUGGUGAGCUCGAAGUCAUGCUUUCUCCUUCCAGAUGAAGUGAAACUCGAAGACGCCGCAACCAUCGGCAUAGCAGGACUCACAGCAUACCAGUGUCUCGUGCCCUUCGUCGGCAAGGGCGAUACGGUACUGAUAAAUGGCGGGAGUGGCGGUACUGGGACUUUCGGCAUCCAGAUCGCCAAAGUGAUCGGAUGUUCUGUGACUGCAAUCUGCUCCGGCGCCAAUGCAGAGCUUUGUAAGAGCAUGGGAGCAGACGAAGUCAUCGACUACCGGUCGCAAGAUGUCGUGGACGUGCUGAAGCAGGGCGGACAGCGCUAUGACCUAAUGGUCGACAAUGUCUUCGCCGAUGCGAAGCUAUACUGGUCCUGUCACGAGUAUCUGAAGCCGUCUGGAAGGUAUCUCACCAUUGCCGGCGGACCAGACUUCCAGUUCAUCACCAGGUACAUGUCUGUGAGCCUCUGGCCAUCGUUCCUAGGUGGAGGUCAGCGGAGUUUCAAGUUCCUGGCCGCUGCUACACAGUCGCAAGACUACGAGCAGCUCGCCAAUUGGGUGGCGGAUGGCGUGCUGAAGCCGGUGAUUGAGCAGGUGUAUGCUAUUGAAGAUGUCAGAGAAGCGUUCAAGAGGCUGGGAACAGGCCGUGUGCGUGGAAAGCUCGUGAUCAAGAUCUCCUAA